AUGUGCGAAGAACAUACAAGUGACGUCAGCGCGCCAGGGCCGCGGCGGGGCAAGACGGGCCCCGCGCCAGUGUCGCGCGCGCCGUCCGCCUGGCCGCACGCCGACGCUGCCAAGCCUGCGAGCUCCAACCGACCGCCAACGCCAGCCGCCUCCGUGUCACACAACGCGCGCCGCUCACCGCUCCCCCACGGGCCCCGCACGCAACCACCUCAUUUCUCAAUGGUACGCAAAUACGAGAGAAUGAGUGGCCGUCAGUCCUGGAGCGAGGAGGACAUGGCGAAGGCCGUCGCCGCCGUGGUCUCCGGCAAGAUGGGCUACAAGCUGGCGGCGCGCACCUUCCACAUACCGCGCUCCACGCUGCAGCGGCGCGCGAGCAAGAUUCGCUACCAGCUGCCCGACGACCCCAAGCCGCUGAUGGGCCACUACAGGCGCGUGUUCACCGACAACCAGGAGAAGGACCUGGUCGGCUACAUUAAGAGCAUGGAGAAGUACUUCAUGGGCGUGUCGAGGCGCGACAUCAGGGAGCUCGCCUUCCAGUACGCCGAAGACAACAACCUGAACCACCCGUUCGACGUGAACAGCCGCAUGGCCGGCGAGGACUGGGUGAGGAACUUCCUCAAGCGCAACCCGGAACUGCUCAACAGGUCGGAGAAGGAGUACGAACUGGAGCCGGUGAACUUCGACCAGUUCUACCACUUCAUGUGUCAGCUGUCA